UGAGAAUGAGGCAUAGGAACCGGAGCAUCGUUGUCAUUCCCGUUUCCUGUCUUCCUGAUCAUUGUUGAUUGUUGAUGAAGAGCGAGCAGUGAGACCCAGGGGGCUGGAUAGCGACAUGGCCCGGGAUAAAAAGGAUCGAGACAGCUGGGGGUCUUUUGUAGAAAAGCAUGUAUUUGAGUGGAGUUCUGAGGACGAGGAGCCGGAUGGUAAGGCUCGGCCAGUGCAGGUUCUGGUGGUAAAGGAUGAUCACACGUUCGAGCUGGACGAGGCAGCACUGAGUCGUAUCCUGCUGGCCAAAGACCUCAGAGACAGAGAGAUAGUCGCAAUAUCUGUUGCUGGAGCUUUCCGAAAGGGGAAGUCAUUUCUUAUGGACUUCAUGCUACGCUACAUGUACAACCAGGGAAGUGAAGACUGGGUAGGGGAUCCUGACGAGCCUCUGACAGGUUUCUCGUGGAGAGGAGGCUCUGAGAGAGAGACCACUGGUAUCCAAAUCUGGAGUGAAGUCUUCCUGGUGGACAAACCAGACGGAAAUAAGGUGGCAGUACUGCUGAUGGACACACAGGGAACAUUCGACAGCCAGUCCACGCUGCGAGACUCAGCUACUGUAUUCGCCCUGAGUACCAUGAUCAGCUCCAUGCAGGUGUAUAACAUAUCUCAGAAUGUUCAGGAGGACGACUUGCAGCACCUGCAGCUCUUUACAGAAUAUGGUAGACUGGCCAUGGAGGAAACGUUCCUCAAACCGUUCCAGUCAAUGAUUUUCCUGGUGAGAGAUUGGAGUUUUCCAUACGAGUUUCCCUACGGACAAGAGGGAGGGAUGAAAUUCCUGGAGAAAAGACUAAAGAUUUCAGAGAACCAGCAUGAGGAGCUGCAGAAUGUGAGGAAGCACAUUCACUCCUGCUUUACCAAUAUCUCCUGCUUCCUCAUGCCACAUCCCGGCCUCAAGGUCGCCACCAACCCCCACUUUGACGGCAGACUCAAGGAGAUCGAUUCAGAGUUCAUCGGUAACCUGAUGGUGCUGGUGCCGUGGUUACUCAGCCCCACAAACCUGGAUGUUAAAGAAAUCAACGGGAACAAGAUUACCUGCAGGGGGCUGCUGGAGUACUUUAAGGCUUAUAUAAAGAUUUAUCAAGGGGAAGAGUUGCCUCACCCAAAGUCCAUGCUACAGGCCACUGCGGAGGCGAAUAAUUUGGCAGCUGUUGCUGCAGCUAAAGACCUGUACAACAAAAAGAUGGAGGAGGUGAGUGGGGGCGACCGGCCGUUUUUGGCCCCGAGUGAGCUGCAGUCUCGUCAUGCAGCGAUCCGUGAGGAAGCUCUAGCCGUGUUCCGCGGCGUGAAGAAGAUGGGUGGCGAGGAGUUCAGUCGCCGCUACAUGCUGCAGCUGGAGGCAGAGAUCGGCGAGCUCUUUGUGCAGUACAUCAAGCACAACGACUCCAAGAACAUCUUUCAUGCAGCACGGACGCCCGCAACGCUCUUUGUGGUCAUCUUUAUUAUGUACGUAGCGGCGGGCAUCACAGGCUUCGUAGGCGUGGAUGUGAUCGCCAGCGUAUGCAACAUGGUCCUGGGUUUCGCCCUCAUCACGCUUUGUACCUGGGCGUACAUCCGCUACUCUGGCGAGUACAGAGAGCUUGGCGCCCUCAUAGACCAGGUAGCCGGAGCUCUGUGGGACCAGGGAAGCACUAAUGAGGCUCUGUACAAGUUGUAUAAUGUGGCUGCCAAUCAUAGGCAGCUGUAUAACCACGCCUUCCCCCGACACCAGACUGAGGAACACCCUGAGCAGGACAAGAAGAGAAACUGAGCAGGCGCACACACAAACACACACACAAACACCCACUCUGUUGAACAGAUGCUCCAGCCAUAACACACUUGAGCUUUUUGGAUCAUGCACGUGACAUCAUGGGCAGAGAGAAAAAGAAAGCAAAAGAGGGAGAAAAUGUAAACAAGUUUACAUUAUUGUUAAUCAAGGAACAAAGGUCAGAUCUAGUUGCCAUGGCAUCAUCGACUGUAGCUCAUAGAAAUAAGUAUAACCGAUGGUAGCUCUUGGAAAUCCAUUAAUGUAGAUUGGAAUCUCAAGAUGGAGAUCCAGGUCAGGCUGGAUUUUCCACCAACAUGAUGUUGGCACUGAUUCAGGGAACAAUCAUUUUAUAAUCCACUCCCCUUUCCACCGGGUUAAGAUCCAAAGAAAUAUUCAGAAUUUCCAGAAUUAGUAUUAUAAAGUUCUAUCUCUUAUUAUAGAACCUUGUAAUACUAAUGUCAUAAAUUGUUACACAUCACAAACACUUUAUUUACAAAGAUUAUAUGCAAAAUGCCAUAUACAUGUGGCACUUCAUUACACUCACCGGACACUUCACUGGGUACUAGGGAUGGGAAACACCAGGGCCCACCUGAUACGAUAUCAUGUUAUUUCAGUGCAGAUUUGAUUUUGGUGUAUUGUGAUAGUGUUCUGAUUUUAUAAAUAUUAAAUAUUCCAGUUAUUAUUUAGAAUUCUAAACAAACAUAGCAAAUAAUUUGAUCCUACUAUGCACCCAUGAUGCUGUGCUGUCUACCAAAACAUGAAUACAGGUAGUCCUCGAUUUACAAAGAUUCGAGUUACGAGUUUUCCACAGAUAAUAACAGCCCGCGGUUUUAGAAACAUUCGUAGAUGCGUACAAAUCGUGGAAGUAAAUUGUACAAAAAAUAGACACUGCAGUGUACCAGAUACCAAUAUUUACAAUUAUAUAUAAUAUUUUCAGGUGUAUGUGAAUGUAUAAAAUGUCUAAAGUCCGGUAUAUUGUGUGUAUUAUGUAUAUUGUGCGUGUGUGUGUUGGAGGAGAGAAAUCAGUUGGCCUCACGGGUUUCAGUAAAUCAGUCCAGAAGCAUGAUAAUAGAAAAUGGCUGUUCUGUUAAGCUACUGAAUCUUGAUGGUGAAUAAUCCUAAUUUUGGAAAAUGAACUCUGUUUCGUAUUGGACUAUUAAAGUGGAAAACAGCUCUGAGACAAAAUGGCGUCCAGGAUUCCCCUCACGAUUUAAAGGGGCACUGUUAAACACUCUAACAUUCAAAUGUUCUUAGGCGAGGUUACAGUUUUUUGCCACAUUAUGGCAGUGUGGGGAAUAGGGACAGAUUUAGUCAAGUGAAUUGAUAUGCUUUACUUUGUAUAUUCUCGUCAAAGGCAUACUAGACUUACUUUGUCAGACUUAAGAACAAAUCUGACUUACGAACGCAUUCGUAGGUCGUGGAUUACCUGUACUUUAAAGCAUAGUACGGUCAUAGAGGAACUACAACACAUUAGAAAAAUUUCCCCCCCACAUCUAUACUAGGUACACUUGGGAAAAGUAGAUUAAGCCAUGUACCUAUGGUGAAGGCGAUCAGCUGAAGUUCAAACAGAACAGGGAGGAAAGGUUGUUGAUGUCAGGCAGUUAUGAAGGCAAAAAAAGGAUCCAACCCAGUACUAGCAAGGUGUACCUAAUGAAGUGGCCGAUGAGUAUAUAGCAUUAAAAUAAAUAAAAUUGUUCCCAUUCAGUUAGUUUGAAUUGCAAAUAGCAUGCUCAGUUGUUUGUAAUACGUUUUUCUUCUCUUUUUUUAAUUACACUAAUUUGACACUGUGCUCGUUUUAUUUAAAAAAUGACUUUAAAGAUGGCUGAAGGUGUCAUGUUGGUAAAAUGAUUGCAGGCCGACUACAAUUUUCCAUCCAAGAAUUACCUCUAGUGGUGGAAAUGCAGCAUUCUCAGAUUAGGCACUGGCACCUUUUCGGUGGAAGAGGGCUGCGAUUAUAACUACUGCGCCCACACAGAAACUGCACAUGUGGAUGGUCUCGUGUAGCGGGUAACAAGGUGGUGUUUUAUGUUGUCCAAAUAGUUUAAAUCUCUUGUGUGAUUUAAAAAGUGAACUAAUGCCUCCUGGAUGUGAGGUUAAAGGUGCAGGGGGCAAGAUGAUUUUCUUUUCCAACCACAUUCACAUUGCAGCACUUUUUAGCACUUUUUUGCUAAAGCUGAAGUCACAAAGUUUUAAAUGGUUUCAUUGAACCAAUUUUAGAUCUGAUUUAACAUUUUCACUUAAGUCUAGUUUUUCUUUUAUAAGUUUAUGUUUCAUCCCAUAUUACACCCAAGCAGUGUCUGAGUGAUUGUAUGAAUGUUACACACUUUAGACUAAAGGCUUUACUCUGGUCUAUGCCAUGGUGAUUUAAAGUGCUAUGAUAUUUAUAAUUUGAGAACUAGAAAUAAUUGUAUCACAAAAUAUAGAACUUAGAGUUAUAUUUGGCAGACAUCCCUUUGGGAGCGGGCGUGAUUCUAAUUCCUUUAGCAGCCUUGCAAAUUUGUCAAGAAUUCAUUUUGGAAUAGGCAGAAUUGGUCCAAGUAGUAAGAACUUUCUGUGGAAAUAGCCAAUGUUUCUUUUUCCGAGGGAAUGGACAGGAUUUUGCGGAGAGUGGCAGGACUGAACAAAAUUAAACAAUCCAAAUUACCAUGAUAAAUAUAUAUAAUAUGGAGAGCUACAGUUAUCUAACUACAAAAGUAUAAACUUCAUCAACGCUCCCCAGAGAAAAUGACAUACCAAUCCCACAUAAAAUCCCUUAGAUAUGUAUACAUCCCAUUCCGUAAAGUCACACUCUUUCUUGAUUCCAUAAUGUAAAUAUAAAUCUUACCCUCUGCACUUUUAAUAUACAAAUACAUCAGCAUCCCUGUAAUUAAGGGCAAGUUUUGUGUGUGCUUGUAACUGAACUACGUUGAGUUGAUGCUGAAGGUAUAAGGGUAUUAUGGCAUGGUUCUCUGAAGUGUAUAUGUGUUGUGGUAAAUGAGCUUAAGCUCUGAUGACUGAUCCAUCACAGUUAAGGAGGGUUCAUUAUAAAUAAACAUAAUCUAAAACACUUCUGCUGUUCUUGCCGUACAUACACAAUAUUCACACACGUACACACAGCACUAAAAAGCAGAGAAGACUGUGCUAAUGGCUGUGGAACACUAUCCUGGCUGGGUUACACUUAUACUGUUUUAUUUUGUAACAAGUGUCUUGUUUUAUGUUGAAUCCAGUGCUAUUUAUAAAGAAUUAAAUAUUACAUGUUUAAAAACUUAAGUCGUUGUUAAGGUGAGUGUUUGCAGUGUGCGCAUCUGUGUGUUGUCAUGGCCUGCUGUGAGCCAGGAAAUGCUGCAAAUUGUAUCCCAUCCACUACAGCUCAUA